CUACAGAGUUUAGGCGUUUUUUAUACACAAUUAUUCAUACAAUAUCUUUAUAUAUAUAUAAAGAUAUAUAUAUUUAUAUAAUUCACUGCGCGUGGGAGAAGGACACCUACAUUAAGCCUGUUUCUGCUCUCUGAAUGCCACAAGCGGAUCAUUUGUGAGUUAGCUCCGACUGGAAAUGAACCCGGAGCACCAGGAUCUCGUCCUGCGGGCGUGCGGCGCGUCGUCCCUGCGCGUCGGCGCGAAGAUCCAGACGCUGUGGAGCGGCUACGGGGAGAUCGUCCGGCUGCACCUGGAGGGCUGCGACCGGCCGUCCGUGGUCGUCAAGCACGUCAAGCUCCCGGCGGAGGCCGAGCGCCCCGGUGGCUGGAACACGGACCGCUCCCACGCGCGUAAAGUGAGGUCCUACCAGGUGGAGACGCACUGGUACCAGAACUACUCCACCGAUCGGAGCUGUCGGACCCCCGUCUGCCUGGCGGCUUGUUCCCAAGGAGACGAGAUGCUGAUCGUGCUGGAGGAUCUGGACGCGGCGGGUUACGAUCAGAGAAGGACCUGUGUGAAGGAUGGAGAAAUAAAGGCUUGUCUAAGAUGGCUGGCCCACUUCCACGCCCUCUUCCUGGGUGCGGCGCCAGAGGGCUUGUGGCCCGUCGGCACCUACUGGCACCUGGAGACCCGCCCGGACGAGCUGGAGGCCACGGGGGACGCCGAGCUCAAGGCGGCGGCCGGCGACAUCGACGGGAUGCUCAACGCCUGCCUCUUCAAGACCGUCGUCCACGGGGACGCCAAGUUGGCCAACUUCUGUUUCCCGCGGGGCGGAGGGGACGUGGCCGCCGUGGACUUCCAGUAUGUCGGAGGCGGCUGCGGAAUGAAAGAUGUUGUUUAUUUUUUAGGAAGCUGCAUGGAGGAGAGGAAGUGUGAGGAGAGGGUACCGGCCCUGCUGGACUACUAUUUCACCGAGUUGAAGCAAUCGGUGAAGAAAGACGUGGACUUUGUCGCCCUGGAGACAGAGUGGCGGGAGAUGUUUGCGUUCGCGUGGACAGAUUUUCAUCGUUUUCUGCUGGGAUGGAUGCCGGGACACCGGAAGAUCAACCGGUACAGUAAACGGUUGACCAAGGAGGUCCUCCGCAAACUGAAACUGAAUCAAUAAACUUUUCCCUUGAGACAACCAGAGGACUAAGCGUCUGGCUGAGAGGUGAAACUGAAAAUCUGUAUAUGUACAAAUUAAAGCAGCCACAAACACCUGUGUACAGAGAAGUAUGCAAACCAUUUCCCAGAAAUAUUAAAGUUAAAAAAAUUGGUAA